UUGAGAAGCGACAGAGUGAAUAAUACGAGCCUUUUGUUGUGGUGGAAGAAAACACUAACAUGAAAUGUUAACACCGUUUAAUUGAAAGCUUUAUUUCGUUUGACUAGUCUUGGUUUUUUUACAAGUGGUAGCAUCUUAAAUAAUGAAUAAAAUGCGUCGGAUAUUAAGUUAGAACGUGAACAUAACAUCAUCGGUUGAAAAAAAAAAUCGAUGUUUUAUGUGCCCAAUGAUUCGGAUUUGUGACAACGGAUGUGAUAUCUAGACGCGCAGAAAUGACAUUUCAAAAGAACAGGAAGUACGAUCCGACGGUGGCGUUCCUGCUGAACGAGCGGCAACAGAAGCUGCUUGCCCUGCGCCUGGAGGAGUUAGACCGCCUGUGGUGCAACAGCCUGAGGCACCUGUCUAGGGACAGGCUCGACGCCACCGAGGAUUUGACCAGAUUAGAAGAGGAAAUUCAAAAUCUAAGUUACUACGAUAAAAAUAUGGAUGGCAACAGAAUGAAAGAAUACAAUGACAAGUGUAUCUUGGCCAUGAAGUCUUUAAAGAGAGAACUGUCACAUGAUAAUUUCAAUUUUGACUCAUCCGUCCAGAUUCAAAAAAAGAAGUCCUCCAAAUUUAGUCUUCCGAAAAUAACAAAAGGCUUCUUUGUAACCCAGAUAAAACCAAGGACCAAAAAGAAGCUGAAAGAAAGGUUACAGCAAAGGAGAAAUUCCAAUCUCCAGCAAUUAAGGAAGUUCAGCAUUUCUGAUUCAAAUUUGGACAAAUAUUCAAAAUCCGCAAAACUUUCGCAAAUGUCAUGGAGCCAAGAACUUAGAACGAAGAGUAUGUCUAACGACGAUUUGUCCGUUAAAAAACAUGAAAAACAUGUCGACGUAAAGAAACUGUUGUCAGAAAGGUUUGAUACUAAAAAAGAGUCAACAAAUUUGAUUGUACUACCGAGUUUAGGUUCAAGACAGAGCACUCAGUUGAGUUUAAAUGUUACCAGUCUCCCAGAAGGUUACAGAUACCUCAAACACACCACCAAUCUGGUACUUCCGACUGUGAGAGAGAACUCGUCCAGACAACGGAAGCUAAGCAUAUAAGCCCGAUAUGUGUCAAUUAACUAUCCCUUCCAUAUGCGAUAAAGAGGUUGUUAUUGUUUGUUGUAUUUCUUAUGACACAUAUAUUCUUGCGUACACCUACAUGUUCCAAAAGUGUUCAUGGGAGGACGGUACUCGCGGAUAGGACAUUGUACAUGACCGAUUGAUCCAGCCCAUAAUUGCCGAUUAUGUUUGAGUCUUGUUUAAGAAUAGGUUAUAUUUUAUUAUUUUAUUUUGCUGGAUACCAGUAGUAUUUCUUACGUCACCCAUGAUCCACUGACCUAUCCGAAGCAACUAAAAUUAGACCACAGAUUACCAAUAUAUAAUGAAGUUAACAUAAUGCAACGGUUUAUUAAAAAUAAAUCAAACGUGUUGA